CCAAGAUGGAGGCGGCGGCGGCUGUAGCGGCGUGACAGUGAAUAUGAGACCUUGGCGCUCAAGAGUGAGACAAACCACAAGAGGGUCUGAGCAGAGAAGGACCUGGAUGAACUUCAGGUGUGAGCAGGAUCCCUUGGGCUGUUGUGUGGAAAUUAGGCUGCAGGGGGCGACAGGAGCCUGAAGAUUGAAUUUUAUUUUGUCCCCUGUCACUUUACUUCCAGACUAUCACUACUGCACCUCUGAAUUCCUCCUCUGUCUACCUUCUCCUAGGAGCCCCAUGGCACCUGCCCAGCCCCACCUCAGCCCAUCUUGACAAAGUCUUAGGCUCCAUGGAGCCGUCACGGGGCCCCCCUGCCAAUGGGGCUGAGCCGUCCCGGGCAGUGGGCACCGUCAAAGUGUACCUGCCCAACAAGCAACGCACAGUGGUAACUGUCCGGGAUGGCAUGAGUGUCUAUGACUCUCUAGAUAAGGCCCUCAAGGUGAGAGGUCUCAAUCAAGACUGCUGCGUGGUCUACCGACUCAUCAAGGGGCGAAAGACAGUCACUGCCUGGGACACAGCCAUUGCCCCCCUGGAUGGCGAGGAACUCAUUGUCGAGGUCCUUGAAGAUGUCCCGCUGACCAUGCACAAUUUUGUACGGAAGACCUUCUUCAGCCUGGCGUUCUGUGACUUCUGCCUUAAGUUUCUGUUCCAUGGCUUCCGCUGCCAAACCUGUGGCUACAAGUUCCACCAGCAUUGUUCCUCCAAGGUCCCCACAGUCUGUGUCGACAUGAGUACCAACGGCCGACAGUACUACCAUAGUGUCCAGGAUUUGUCCGGAGGCUCCAGACAGCAUGAGGCUUCCUCCAACCGCCCCCUGAAUGAGACAGUAACCCCCCAGGGUCCCAGCCCCCGCACCCAGCACUGCGACCUGGAGCACUUUCCCUUCCCUGCCCCGGCCAAUGCCCCCCUCCAGCGCAUCCGUUCCACGUCCACUCCCAACGUCCAUAUGGUCAGCACCACGGCCCCCACGAACUCUAACCUCAUCCAGCUCACUGGCCAGAGUUUCAGCACUGAUGCUGCUGGUAGUAGAGGUGGUGGCGAUGGAGCCCCCCGGGGGAGCCCCAGCCCAGUCAGCGUGUCCUCGGGGAGGAAGUCCCCACAUUCCAAGUCACCAUCGGAGCAACGGGAGCGCAAGUCCCUGGCUGAUGACAAGAAGAAAGUGAAGAACCUGGGAUACCGGGACUCGGGCUAUUACUGGGAGGUGCCACCCAGUGAGGUACAGCUGCUGAAGAGGAUCGGGACGGGCUCAUUUGGCACGGUGUUUCGAGGGCGGUGGCAUGGCGAUGUGGCGGUGAAGGUGCUCAAGGUGGCCCAACCCACAGCUGAGCAGGCCCAGGCCUUCAAGAACGAGAUGCAAGUGCUCAGGAAGACACGACAUGUCAACAUCUUGCUGUUUAUGGGCUUCAUGACCCGGCCGGGAUUUGCCAUCAUCACACAGUGGUGUGAGGGCUCCAGUCUCUACCACCACCUGCACGUGGCCGACACACGCUUCGAUAUGGUCCAGCUCAUUGACGUGGCCCGGCAGACUGCCCAGGGCAUGGACUACCUCCAUGCCAAGAACAUCAUCCACCGAGAUCUCAAGUCUAACAGUAUCUUCCUACAUGAGGGGCUCACAGUGAAGAUUGGUGACUUUGGCCUGGCCACAGUGAAAACGCGCUGGAGUGGGGCCCAGCCCUUGGAGCAGCCCUCAGGCUCUGUGUUAUGGAUGGCGGCUGAAGUGAUCCGUAUGCAGGACCCAAACCCCUACAGCUUCCAGUCGGAUGUCUAUGCCUAUGGGGUUGUGCUGUAUGAGCUCAUGACCGGCUCGCUGCCUUAUAGCCACAUUGGCAGCCGUGACCAGAUUAUCUUUAUGGUGGGCCGUGGCUAUCUGUCCCCGGACCUCAGCAAAAUCUCCAGCAACUGCCCCAAGGCCAUGCGACGCCUGCUGUCUGACUGCCUCAAGUUCCAGCGAGAGGAGCGGCCCCUCUUCCCCCAGAUCCUGGCCACAAUUGAGCUGCUGCAACGGUCACUCCCCAAGAUUGAGCGGAGUGCCUCUGAACCCUCCUUGCACCGCACCCAGGCUGACGAGUUGCCUGCCUGCCUACUCAGCGCAGCCCGCCUUGUGCCUUAGGCCCCACCCCCAGCCAUUUGGGAGCCAAUCUCAGCCCGCAAUGGCAAGGAUCUUUGCCCACCAACCAAUCAAUGUUCCGUCUUUGCCCUGAUACUGCCUCAGGAUUCCCUCAUCCCCCACCCUGGGAGAUGAGGGGGUCCCCGUAUGCUUUUCCAGUUCUUCUGGAAUUGGGGGACCCUCAAAGACUGAGCCCCCUGCCCCCUCCAUUAUUUGGUUUCCUCUUGGGUUUGGGGAUUCUUCUAAAUUUGGGGAGCUCCUCCAUCUCCAAUGGCUGGGAUUUAUGGCAGGUAUUCCACUCUGAACCUCUCUGGAAUUUGUGCCUGAAGUGCCUUCCACUGGAUUUUGGGGUUCCCAGCACCCCAUGUAGAUUGGGGGGUCCCUUUUGUGUCUCCCGCCAUUCAAGGACUCUCCUCUUUCUUCACCAAGAAGCACAGAAUUCUGCUGGG